AUGGUCGUCGCUACCAUCAAGUAUGCUAUCCUAUUCCACUUCACUAUUCCCCCCCCCUCCCCUCCUCCUCCUCCUCCUCCUCCCCCCCAUUCUUGCCGAGGCGAAACCCCCCCUCCAGAUCUCAUGGCUAACCCCAACCCAGAUGUGUCGUGGUGGGGGACGUUUCCUUCGGAAUAUGUCCCCACCGUCUUUGACAACUACGCCGUGACCGUGAUGAUCGGCGAUGAGCCUUACACCCUGGGACUGUUUGAUACCGCUGGUCAAGAGGAUUACGAUCGCCUGCGCCCGCUCUCUUACCCGCAGACUGACGUGUUCUUGGUCUGCUUCUCCGUCACCUCACCUGCCUCAUUCGAAAACGUUCGCGAAAAGUGGUUCCCCGAAGUCCACCACCACUGCCCCGGUGUUCCCUGCUUGAUCGUUGGUACCCAGACCGAUUUGCGCGACGAUGCCGGAGUCCGGGAUAAGCUCGCCCGCCAGAAGAUGUCCCCCAUUCGCAAGGAAGACGGUGACCGGAUGGCUAAGGAACUUGGCGCUGUUAAAUACGUCGAGUGCUCCGCCCUGACACAGUAUAAGCUGAAGGAUGUCUUUGAUGAGGCUAUUGUCGCGGCACUCGAACCCGCCCCCAAGAAGAAGUCAAAAGGCUGCCUCUUGCUGUGA